AUGAAAAUAAGUGCGAAACGACAACGAACUGAACCAUAUCUUGCCUCGUGUGACGUAACAGUUGUCUGUGACGAUUAUACAGCACGCAGUCAAAAUGAAUUAUCAGUUACGAAAGGUCAACAUGUUCGUAUACUACAACGUACUACAGGCAAUUCACCAGAAUGGUGUUUAAUUCGUCUACUAAAUGAUCAUAAUCAACAAACACAACAGUCUGUAUCCGGUCCACCAUCAUUAGCUUCAUCGACAACAAUAUCCGGUACAGAACAAUCUUCAUUAUCUUCAAUUCAUUCAACAUCAACAACAACAAAAUAUAUUGAAGGUCUUGUACCAUCGUCAAUAUUAAAAGCAACAAAAUCCAGUCCAUCUAUCUUAAUUCCAAAAAAUGAACAAGAUAGCAACGUGACAAAUAACGAUGAUUCACAUCAACAACAGUCAGCCACUCAAUUUAGUAAACGAAAAGCGAGUUUUAGAAGAAUAUUAAAAAAUCCUGUACGUCGUCUAAGUUUAAAAGAUGGUAAGGACGCCAAAAAUCGUGAUGUGAAAAAAGCUCCCGCAACGACAAAUCCAGCACCAAUCACAAAUUCAACAUCUAAAAUUAAAGCUUUUACAUUUACAAAUUCGGAAGAUUUACAAUCUGUUUCCAGAACUCGUUCUAAUGCUACCACCAUGUCGUCUACGACAACAUCAUCAAUAGCCGAUGAAAAUAAUUCAACGGAAAAAACGUUCAACGGUAUGAAUGGCAGUUACAAAAUAUCAGAUAUUGUACAAGAUGAUGAUGGAGAUGUGUUACUAGAAGUUGAAGUUCCACCCCCUAUGGAAAUACAACAACAAUCGAUAAAAUUGGUCGAUAAUGAAUCUAAUACGGGACUAGUGGUUCCACUCAGUAUCGUUGCUGGUUUACCAGUAAAUGAUUUUCAAAUUCCAACAGCAUUAAGUGUAACAAACCCAGUUGGUACAAUAUCAACAACAACAACUACCACUAUAACAACUGUCCCUACUUCAAGUACCAAUGUUCCAUCAACACCAUCCUCCUCCUCACUAUCUUCAUCACCAUCAAAUACUGUGAUUCCAAAUGCUGUGAUUUCUAACGAUGAAGAGCGAACGCCUCCACCACCUCCAUCUGCAAGUGGUGGAGCACAAGCUUUACCUUUUUCUUCCUUAUUAUUAACAACCGUUGAUUUACCAUCAGAUAAUCCGUCAUUACCCGACGUUGAUAUACAGAAUGAAUCACUUUCUAAUAUAAUACUAGAUGAAACGAUUGAUGAUAAAACAAAAUACGGUGAAAAGCGAAGACAUAAUAUCGUUGAACUAAUCGACACAGAAAAAGAAUAUGUAAAAGAUUUGGCACUUAUUGUGGAGGGUUAUAUGAGUGCUGUUGAAAAUGAUAAAGACAUUAAAAAACCAGCUGGACUUCAAGGUCUUGAACGUUAUGUAUUUGGAAAUGUUCAAAAAAUUUACGAAUUUCAUCGAGAUACAUUUUUACCACAACUUGAACAAUGUAUUGAAAAUCCAGAUAUAUUAGGAAGGCUAUUUACGACAAAUCGAUUUAGUCCCUAUGUUAGAUAUUGCGAGAAUAAACCAAGAUCAGAAUAUGUUGUAUCAGAAUUUCAUGAUUAUUUUGAAGAAAUACGUAAGAAACUUGGUCAAAAAUUACUUGUUAGUGAUUUAUUAAUAAAACCUGUUCAAAGAAUAAUGCGUUAUCAAUUAUUAUUAAAAGAAAUUUUAAAAUCAACGGAACGUAUGGGUGAAGAACCACGUGCUAUUCGUAGCGCUUUACAAGUCAUGAUUACAGUUCCAACACAAGCAAAUGAUAUGAUGAAUGUUGGACGCGUCAAAGAUUUACCAUGUAAUGUACAUGCAUUAGGUGAAUUAAAAUUACAGGAUAUGUUAUUAGUGUCUGAACCAGUUACCAAAGAUACAAAAGAUCCAAAAGAAGCUGAGAAAAAGUUAAAAGAACGACGAGUAUUUUUAUUUCAACAAGCAAUGGUAUUUUGUGAAGAAAUACCAGCAAAAGAUAAAUAUUCUAGUCCAAAUUAUAUCUAUAAAUAUGAUUUAAAGAUAAAUAAACUACAGCACAAAGAUUUUAAACGUAUCAAAGAUGCCUAUCAAUUUAUCUUAGUUGAAGUUGAUGCUGGUCAUACGAGACGAGUAUUAUGUCAAUGUAAUAGUGAAGAACAAUAUGAAACAUGGGUGACUAAUUUACAUAAAGUAUUACAACGACAAAUUGAUCUUAUACAAGCUUUAAUAAAUCCAACAGAAGCUUUAAAAAAGGAGCAAGACUCAUCAUUAUUAUCAUCGCCAUUUCAUAAAUUAACAACAUCUAUUUCAUCGAAUAAUCGUGGUCAAAUUAAAAAGUCAAUGUCUGAUAGAACAGGCAAGUUACCAAAUGAACCGACAAUGUCAAGCACUACUAUUCCAUCCAUUGUUUUACCAUCAUCUACGUCACCUUCAUCAAAUUUAUUUUUGACAACAAUAUCACCAAAAAAAUAUAAUCAUCCACGUACACAGUCUCAUUCAGAUACAAAUAAAGUUCAUACAUUAGAAUUAUCUCAAACAUCGUCGUCAAAUAACAAUGAUUCUAAUGUAACACCUGUACGAAAACCAUUUAAUUUAUUCGAUACAAUUUUACAACGUUCAUCGUCUACGUCAACAUCAGCAACAUCAUUCACACGACCAUUAAAUAUUAUUACAACAACAUCGUCAAAUCCUUCUAGCAUUUCUUCUUCGAUUAGUGCUACUGGAUCUUUAUUAUCUUCGUCUAGUCCCGUUGUAUCAUCAGCCGCCACAUAUUCUCCAUCAAUAAACGAUAAUCACAAUAUACUAUCUAGUCAACAACAACAUUCAUCAUCAAAUGAUUAUAUACCAUCUUCAACAUACGAUAAUUAUCGUUCAUUAAAAAAGACAACCGACAAUACUCUUGAACGUCGACAACAACAACAACAACAACAGCAGCCAACAAAUAAUAAUACUAGUAAUCAAUUACCAGAUACAGCUAAAUGUUUGUUUAAUUAUAAUGCGAUUAAAGAAGAUGAAAUAUGUGUUCAAAAGGGUGAAUAUGUACAAAUAGUUGCUGCCAAUCAAGAUAAUCGAUAUUUUGUACAUCGUGAACAAAAUACUAGCUCACCAGCUGCUGAAGGAUGGAUACCUGGCCACAUUAUUGGAUUAAGAUCACCGAUUAAUUUGACACAAUCAUUAACCUCACCGACAAACACAUUUACAAAAUCACAUCAUCAACAACACUCUCAUCCUGUUAUACCUUAUCAAUCUACAUUACCUCCACAACCACAUACAAACCUCUCCAAUUCCACAUCAUCAGAUGGACAAAAGCGUUUGAGUUUGGAGUAUAGCAGCAGACAACAAAUAUCGAAUCGUCAUCAUCAUUAUUUUCCGCCAGAAUUCACGAUACCGUUUCAAGAUCGAACAGUAAUUAUUCCUAAUUCUUUGACGCUAAUUGGACACGUAAGCGGCAAUCCUCGUCCCGCUAUAGUCUGGCAACAUCCUCUCGGUCAUACAUUAAUAUCUGAUGGUGGUGUUCACGUGAACACAUUAUAUAAUGAUGAUGGCACGAUACAAUUGCAAAUUGUUAGUCCAACAGUUAACGAUUCUGGCGUUUAUGAAUGCAUCGCAACAAGUCCAUAUGGUACAAUUUCUCAAAAAGUCCGUGUUGUGGUAAAAGAUGCCUAUUCAACACAUCAUGUACCAGUUGAACAAGUACGCUGGAGUACACGUUAUUCGAAUGAUUAUCGAGAACUAAAUGAACUUGCACGUGGUCGUUUUUGUAUUGUUAAACAUUGUUUACAUAAUUCAACUGGACAUGAUGUUUGUACAAAACUAAUCUACAAGAAGUUGACACCUGUGGAUCGUGCUCUCCAUGAAUACGCUAUACUAUCAUCAUUGAAAAAUGAGUCAAUAAUGUCUGUUUAUGCUUUUAUGGAAACAGAUACAUUUUCAAUUAUUGUUGGAGAAUUAAUAUCUGGUGGUCGAUUAUUUGAUCAUCUUUGUUUUCAAAGUUCAUUAAAUGAAUUGGUUGUCGUAAAAUACAUCAGACAAUUAUUAAAUGCUGUCUAUUAUUUACACCGUUGUAAAAUGAUACAUUUAGAUCUAAAACCUGAAAACUUACUUAUUGAUAUUUACUAUCAUCAGAUUAAAUUAGUGGAUUUUGGUGAUACCAUCCGUUUAACAAAUAUGCGUUAUAUUCAUCGAUUAACUGGUAAUGCCGAAUUUUCUGCGCCAGAAAUUAUCGAAGGAAAUGCUGUCAAUUAUAAAACAGAUAUAUGGAGUAUUGGUGUACUUGUUUAUGUUUUACUUUCUGGUCUAUCACCUUUUCUCGAUGAUACGGAUGAACAAACAUGUCAAAAUAUUUUGAAUAUUGACUAUAUGUUUCCAGACGUACCAUUUUUACAAACAUUACAACGAUCGAAACAAUUUAUCCAAAUGAUACUUGUUAGAGAAGUAAAUUCUCGCCCAUCUGCUAGUGAAUGUUUAUCAAAUGAAUGGAUUCAAAAUCCCGGAAAUGGCUAUCUUUCAACAACAAAUCUUAUCGAUUUUGUUGAACGAAGAAAGUCGCAGGUGAAAAGUUCAUUAUCGAAUUAA